CUUUUCUAGCUUGGAGUUGAGCCAAAGGAUGGCCAGGGUCCACAGUCAAAGCAGCAAAUGGAGCGCAUUGUCUUGUCUGCACAGGAUAGGAUUGUUUUGCCUGCCAAAACAUUUGUGACCCAUGAUUUGGGUCAGGAGACAAAUUUGCCACAUUUAGCAGUGCAAGUGACGAACCCAAUGCACAAGUCUGCUCGGCUAUCCAUUUCCAACAUCCCGGCCAGUCUAAAAGCCAAGCGUUUGAGGAAGAUGUGCACAGACAUAGGAACCAUUCAGAACUUCCAGAUGUUCAUGCGGGAUGGCACCCUGAUGGCUGAGGUGACUUAUGCCCAGCAGGAGGCUGCUGACCGAUUCUAUCAGGCCUACAAUCGGAAAAUGGUCGACCUCUCCCAUCUCAUCAUCCGUUACCUUCUAUGAGACUUUGAAUCAAGCUCUGUGAUCUCAGUUUUUUGAGGCCACAUACUUGUUGUAUUCUUCACUGACCAUCUUCUUGCUUUCACAUGCAAAAGACCAUGGAAGAUGGAACUAAAAACUCCUGAUGUUCUUUUUGCAUUGAAUAAAUUUCCAAAUGC